CCCUGGAGGAGGCGGAGAGACUGCGGGAGAGUCUGGCGGGUGGACGUCCAAACGUGCCCCAGGAGAGGGAGGGGGCUCUUCCCGGUCCAAUGCUUCCCAGCCCCCCUCUCCCGGCAGGAAGAUCCGGGGAAGAGCCGAGUGGGGGGGGGGAGGGUCGGCCUUGUGGAGGCCCAGCAGGAGAGGAGAGAAGCCGGAUACAGAAAUUGGAAGGCAUUUGUGGUCUUUUUCGCACAAAAAUUUGUGGGAAAUUUUUCUUUUGGGGGAGAAAAAAGAGCGGAAUCACUUGGAGGGAUCAGUCCUGCGGCCCCAGAAAUGGUCCCGUGAAGGAACCGGCAUCUGGAGAUCCACCAGAGUCCUUGGAGCCAUUUAGAGUUGCUCUGCAAGAGAGAGAAAAGAUGGAGACACAACCUUUGGGAAAGGAGGGAGCCGGAAAAGGCCCUUCAGCUGCUCAGCCUGGGAAGUGUGGGAAGCUCUGGACAAGAACCGGGCAGAAGAUCCUGGAGGAGGAAACCAUCCUCCCUUCAGAAGUUCAGCCCUGGAGCUUCGUCCAAUACCGGGAGGCUGAAGGUCCCCGAGGACUUUGCAGCCGACUCCAUGACUUUUGCAGGCGAUGGCUGAGACCAGAAAAACAUACCAAAGCCCAGAUGCUGGACCUGGUGGUUCUGGAGCAGCUCCUUGCUCUCCUGCCCCCAGAGAUGGAGGGCUGGGUGCGAGAGUGUGGAGCAGAGACCAGCUCCCAGGCGGUGGCCCUGGCGGAAGGCUUCCUCUUGAGCCAGGUGGAAGAGGAGAAGGAGCAGGUCCAGUUGCAGUGCUGCACUGUGGAGAUCAGAGAUCCUGAGGGAAGGAAGAACCCAUCAAAUUCCCCUCAGGAGCUGUUUUUCAGGAGGAUCCCUUGGGAAGAUCCAACAGAGAAAGAAAGGACGAAGCUUUCUAAUUUUUAUGAUGGAGAUCAAACAGCGGUUGAACCUCCAAAUCAAGAGAGUCUUGUGUCCUUCGAGGAGGUGGCUGUGUCUUUCUCUGAGGAGGAAUGGUCUCAGCUGGAUCCAGACCAGAAAGCGUUGCAUUCGGAAGUCAUGCUUGAAAACCAUAGGAAUGUGGUCUCUCUGGGUAAUAAUGGGCAGGAGAAUCAAGAUUUCUGGGAACUGCUCCAAGUGAUGAAUGCUAAAGAUGGAAGGGAGAAGUUUGGAAUUCGAAUGGAAUUAGGAAGCCAUGAGAGAAACCACUCAAAGAAUUGGGAUCAGGAAAGCUCAUCUUCCACUGAUGCUCCGAUGCAAGACUUUCUUGCCCAACAAGAGAAAAUAAGGAAAAAAUAUACUGGGAAAAGUGUGGAGCUAAUCAAAGCUAAAGUACAAGUAAAUGAACACUAUUUAACGCAAAACAAAGGAGAAGAUGCUAUAAGAAGUCAUGACGGACAAAAUUACAAUGGGACAUUAAUUCUUUCUCUUGGAAAUAAGUUCCUUACAUCUCAAAAAGUGAUUGACACAAAAGAGAAGCCUUAUAAAUGUUUGGAAUGUGGAAAAUGUUUUAGAACAAGCUGGCAGCUUACUUCCCAUAAGAUGAUCCACGCAGGGGAGAAACCAUAUAAAUGCACAGAGUGUGGAAAAACAUUUAUUGAUGGCAAUGGACUUAGAAGCCACAAAAAAAUCCACUCAGGAGAUAAACAAUAUAAAUGCAUGGAGUGUGGAAAGACAUUUACUCAGAGUAGUGGCCUUAGAAACCACAAAAAGCUCCACACAGGAGAGAAACCAUUUAAAUGCACGGAAUGUGGAAAGAAAUUUACUCAUGGGAGUGGACUUAGAAGCCACAGAAAGCUUCACACAGGAGAGAAACCAUUUAAAUGCAUGGAGUGUGGAAAGACCUUUGCUCAUAGAUGUAAUCUUAUUUCCCAUAAAAGAAGCCACACAAGAGAGAAACCAUAUAAAUGCAUCGAGUGUGGAAAGACCUUUGCUCAUAGCAGUACACUUACUUCUCAUAAGAUGAUCCACACAGGGGAGAAACCAUAUAAAUGCAUGGAGUGUGGAAAGACCUUUGCUCAAAAACGUAAUCUUAUUUCCCAUAAGAUGAUCCACACAGGGGAAAAACCGUAUAAAUGCAUGGAGUGUGGAAAGACCUUUGCUCAUAGCAGUACACUUACUUCUCAUAAGAUGAUCCACACUGGGGAGAAGCCAUAUAAAUGCGUGGAGUGUGGAAAGAUCUUUGCUCAAAAACGUAAUCUUAUUUCCCAUAAGAUGAUCCACACAGGGGAAAAGUCAUAUAAAUGCAUGGAGUGUGGAAAGACAUUUAUUGAUGGCAAUGGACUUGGAAGCCACAAAAAGAUACACUCAGGAGAGAAACAGUAUAAAUGCAUGGAGUGUGGAAAGACAUUUACUCAGAGCAGUGGACUUAGAAACCACAAAAAGCUCCACACAGGAGAGAAACCAUAUAAAUGCAUGGAGUGUGGAAAGACAUUUACUCAGAGCAGUGGACUUAGAAGCCACAAAAAGAUCCACUCAGGAGAGAAACAAUAUAAAUGCAUGGAGUGUGAAAAGACCUUUACUCAUAGCAGUGGACUUAGAAGCCAUAAAAAAAUCCACACAGGGGAGAAGCCAUAUAAAUGCAUGGAGUGUGAAAAGACCUUUGCUCAAAAAAGUAAUCUUAUUUCCCAUAAAAUGAUCCAUACGGGAGAAACUCGAUAAAUGCAUAUAAAUGCAAACCAUAUAGUCUGUUUAUCUACUAAAAGUAAUCUAUACGAAUUGAAGAUGUUUUCAACAAAAUGCCAAAAUAAAACUUUUGAAUUUCCACUGAUUUAAAUCUAUUCUAUCCAUUUUCUUGCUAAAAGACUUUUUCUCAUCCAGAAUUUGCAUUUCUUGUUCAAACAAAGUCACAAUUUUCACUUUGUAAAGCCACUGUCUUCUUUUUAGCUAUUCCACAAAGAACUUUAAUGUUCCAAGAUGCAAAUGGGCUUAUUACAAAAAAUAAAAAUAAAAAUUGCACACCGGAAAUGUUGUUCUUUGUCUGGGUGGCAACCAGAUUAGAUUCCGGCUUUAAAUUGCAAUUAAAUUGAAUGUUCUUCAGCAUUAUAGAAUUAAACUGUUAUUAAACAAAAUCUCUUCUGCCGAAAAAAUGCUUUUAAAAGUAAAAAAAAGUUGGCCAUGCCCAACCAGUCACAUUACCACCACCACCACCAAGCCACACCCGCAGAACCGGUAGUAACAAAUUUUACAUUUCACCCCUGGUGGAAGUGGAGUUGCUCUCUAUAUAAGAAAUAACUAAACCGCUCCAGAAACGCAAUAGAAGAAAGAGGAAAACUUUCAAUGCAUUUGGGUUGAUAUAAAAGGAGGAAAAGUAGCACAGACAUCGAAGCCUUUGUCUGACGGAGCCAUGGAGAGGGGUCUUUCUUAAUCCUACUCCAAUGCCCAUCAUCCCCACCUUCGCUCUUCCCCCUCCCAUGCGCUCCUCUUUCCUGCCCUUUGUAGGAUCCUGGCACUUUGCAUCAAACCCACCAGGACUUGCUGUCUGCCAAGGGAUAGGAACACCGGCCACUUCCCCAUUGGAGCCUUGCCUCUAGGAGGUCACACUCGCUCUCCUUAACCCCUGGGGCUCCGGAACAGGCAGAGAGGCUGCUGGAGAGUUUUGCCAGGUGGGGGGGCGGGACGGUCAGCCAGAUGUGCCCCGGGUGAGGAUGGUGGCUCUUUUCUUAAAAAAAUUAUUUUAUUUUGUCAUAAUGUUAUAUACAGGAACAUAUAUUGAAAGGAAACAAUAGGACAGGAAUGGUAGGCACUUUUGUGCACUUAUGCAUGCCCCUUAUAGUCCUCUUAGGAAUGGGGUGAGGUCAAUAGUAGACAGUUUUUGGUUAAAGCUUUUAGGAGUUGGAGAGGAGACCACAGAGUCAGGUAGUGUAUUCCAAGCAUUAACAACUCUGUUACUGAAGUCAUAUUUUCUGCAAUCAAGACUGAAGCGGUUGACAUUAAGUUUGAAUCUAUUGUUUGCUCUUGUAUUAUUGCGAUUGAAGCUGAAGUAGUCUUUUACAGGAAGGACAUUGCAAUAGAUGAUUCUGUGUGUUAAACACAGGUCUUGUCGGAGUCGGCGGAGUUCUAAAUUUUCUAAUCCCAGGAUUUCAAAUCUGGUGGAAUAAGGUAUUUUGUUGUUAACAGAGGAGCGGAGAACUCUUCUUGUAAAAUAUUUUUGGACUCGUUCAAUUGUAUUUUUUUAAAAUUUGCAUUUAUAUCCCGCCCUUCUCCGAAGACUCAGGGCGGCUUAUACUAUGUCAAGCAAUAGUCUUCAUCCAUUUGUAUAUUAUAUACAAAGUCAACUUAUUGCCCCCAACAAUUUUACCUACCUAAUAAAGGAUGGAAGGCUGAGUCAACCCUGGGCCUGGUGGGACUUGAACCUGCAGUAAUUGCAAGCAGCUGCUGUUAAUAACAGACUGUUUUAUCAGUCUGAGCCACCAGAGGUAUUAAUGGCAGAGAUGUGGUAUGGGUCCCAGACAGAUGAGUUGUAUUCAAGAAUGGGUCUGGCAAAUGUUUUGAAUGCUCCGGUUAGUAGUGUUGAGUUUUUGGAAAAGAAGUUACGCAGAAUUAGGUUUACAACUCUUAGAGCCUUUUUUGCUAUAUAGUUGCAGUGGGCUUUGGCACUUAGAUCAUUUGAUAUGAAAACUCCAAGGUCCUUAACAGGGUGGGGGUCAUCUGUAAGAUAAUGUCCAAUAAGCUGGUACUUAGUGUUUGGGUUCUUUUUUAUAAUAUGUAAGACUGAGCAUUUGCUGGUUGAGAUUUGGAGUCCCACCCUCUCACUGCUGGGGGAACUGGGGAUGCCAGGAAGACGGCGGAGAUCCAGGGAUGAGCCGCUUGGGGCUCCGGCCAGGUUGGAUGAAGGUCACUCAGUGGCUGAAUCCCACUUUCUAAUUCUUAAAGUUUUUUUUUCUUCCCAUCUCAGAUACAGGAACUGGAAGCCAUUUGUGGUCUUUGCAAGGCAAAAUUUUCCUUGGGGGAGAAAAAAAAAAGUGGAAUCACUUGCAGGGAUCAUCCUGCAGCCCUAGAAAUGGUCCUGUGAAGGAAAAGGCAUCUGGAGACCCACCAGAAUCCUUGGAGCCAUUUAGAGUUGCUCUGCAGGAGAGAGAAAGGAUGGAGACACAACCUUUGGGAAAGGAGGGAGCCGGAAAAGGCCCUUCAGCUGCUCAGCCUGGGAAGAGGGGGAAACUCUCGACAAGAACCAGGCAGAAGAUCCUGGAGGAGGAAACCAUCCUCCUUUCAGAAGUUCAGCCCUGGAACUUCAUCCAAUGCCAGGAGGCUGAAGGACCCCGAGGACUUUGCAGCCGACUCCAUGGCGUUUGCAGGCGAUGGCUGAGACCAGAAAAGCACACCAAAGCCUAGAUGCUGGACCUGGUAGUUCUGGAGCAUCUCCUGUUCCUUCUGCCCCCAGAGAUGGAGGGCUGGGUGCAGGAGUGUGGAGCAGAGACCAGCUCCCAGGCGGUGGCCCUGGCGGAAGGCUUCCUCUUGAGCCAGGCGGAGGAGCAGAAGAAGCAGGUCCAGUUGCAGGCGAGAGACUUUAGGGAGCUCAGAAGGGAAUAAAGAAUGUGUUUGAAUACUUCACUUCUCUUUCCCAAACUUCUCUGGUGUUCAUAAUUUGUGGCAAUUCUCCAAUUCUUGUCGGACAUUGUUCCAUUGUUUUCUCACUCAACCUCACAGAUGGAUAUUGGGGGCUUUGAGGCUGUGUUCCGAAUAUAAGAAUCCACUUUAUGUCAUGUGAUGUACAUUAAUUCUGCUUCUAUUUCCCUUCCUCUUGUUUGAAGUGCUGCACUGUGGAGAUCAGAGAUCCUGAGGGAAGGAAGAACCCAUCAAAUCCCUCUCAGGAGAUAUUUUUCAGGAAGAUCCCUUGCGAAGAUCCAAGUCAGGACACCUCAGGAGAGAAACAAAGAAUGAAGCUUUCUGGUUUUUAUGAUGGAGAUCAAACAGCGGUUGAACCUCCAAAUCAAGUAAUAAUGGGCAGGAGAUUCAAGAUUCCUGUGAACUGUUCCAAGUGAUCAAUGCUAAAGAUGGAAGGGAGAAAUUUGGAAUUCGAAUGGAAUUCGAAAGCCAUGAGGGAAACCAGUCAAAGAAUUGGAAUCAGGAAAGA